AUACUGUUGGCUGGAACAAGUAUUAUAUUACCACCGGAUACACAUGUUGUUGUUUCUGGAUUUGGAGUGAUAACACCGAAUGGCAAUAAAGUCGACGUACUACAUUCAGUGUCGGUGCCAAUUGUUGAUUACGAUCUAUGCUAUAAAAGCUAUAAAAGCUAUAAAGGGCCCGGAAAACUAACGAAGAAUAUGAUUUGUGCUGGUUUCUAUGGGGUCGGUGGGAAGGAUGCAUCCAAAGGCGACAGUGGAGGACCAUUGGUUUAUUCCGGCAAUUCAGAUCCGAUUUUAUACGGUGUUGUCUCAUGGGGAGCCAAAUGUGCCGAUCCAAAUUAUCCGGGAAUUUAUACAAAAGUCUCUGUUUACCGUGACUGGAUCAAUAAUGUCAAUUGAAAUGCUAACAUUUAUGGCAGCUGUUUUUAUUAUGAAGUUUGAUUUGAAAAAAUGCAACAAAUUAUGUUUCAUUGAAAUUUAAUAUGUACCAAAAUCCCAUUGAAAAGUCCAAUUUCUUGUUUAAAUAUUGUUUGGCCAUAUGGGCAAACAUUGAUCGAUAUGUCAUUGAGAGUACACACCAUACAAGGUGCCACAUUGCACAUACAC